AUGUCAACGGCAGCCCGGCGUCGUUUGAUGCGCGACUUCAAGCGCAUGCAAACCGAUCCUCCUGCUGGAGUUUCAGCCUCUCCCAUUCCCGAUAAUGUGAUGACCUGGAACGCCGUAAUCAUCGGCCCGGCGGAUACACCUUUUGAAGAUGGCACAUUCCGACUCGUCAUGCAGUUCGAAGAGCAAUACCCCAACAAGCCUCCCCAGGUCAAGUUCAUCAGCCAGAUGUUCCACCCCAACGUAUACGCCACCGGCGAGCUAUGCUUGGACAUUCUGCAAAAUCGAUGGAGUCCGACAUACGAUGUUGCUGCUGUUUUGACCAGCAUCCAGAGUUUACUCAACGACCCCAACACCGGUUCACCGGCGAACGUCGAGGCUUCGAAUCUCUACAAAGAUAACCGAAAAGAGUAUACUAAGCGUGUCCGAGCAACUGUCGAGAGCAGCUGGGAAGACUAG